GGAGGCUGUAAAUCGGCCAUAUAAGAUGUGGCGGUCAUAGUGUUUGAAGAGAGAGGGAGAUGGAGAGAGAAAGAGAGAGAGACACACAAGGAGAGAGAGGUGUGGAGGCUUCACUCUGGUUCAUGGGGUGUCUCAACACAAGCGCCUCCCGACCCGUCGGUCUUUACGCAGCCGUGCACGCCGGUGACCUUGACCCGGUAACAUGCUGCAAGCGCUGCCUGGAUGAAGGGUAUGAGGUUGCAGCACUGACCUUAGAGAGUUGUUACUGUGGCAACGGGCUGGAUGGUUUGGUGAUGAAUGAGUGCUUCAACUCAUCCUCCCACAGAGGGCCACAAGACGUCACAGGACAAAGCACAGAGGAAAGAACGUUUGAGACUGUGUACCUGCCAUGUGAAGAUGGACAGGGAAGUUUAGCAGUAUACAGAACUGAAGGGCCAUUUUUCCACAACAUUAGUUUGGCUUUGUCACCAGACAAAGUGCAGGCUGGGAGUCCUUUCAUCAUGGAAGUGUCUGGACACCUGGCUGGGGCCCCUCACCCGCCUGCAGUCGUGGCCAUUUAUGCAGCUAAGCAAGCUUAUCCCACAAACACAGACAUCACCUUCCUCGCCGUGACUGAUGAGGCCGACCCUCUGGAGUUCCUCUGGGACUUUGGAGACUCCAGACCUGUCAGAACCACCUCAAGGACCAUCAUCAAAAGAUACCACGCACCCGGCAGCUACAGUGUGGUGGUAGAGUUAUCCAGCGGCCUGACCUCUGUCACCUCCGCGACGUUCCCCCUGCUGGUCCAGAGAGCGGUGCAAAUCAAUAGGCUGGUCCAUCGGGCCUCAGUCCUGCAGAACCAGACUGUGAGUAUGAGUUGUCGGGUCAAUGUGGGGACCGACCUCACCUACCUGUGGAGCUUUGGGGACGGAGCCUCCAGGCCGGGACGGAGCACAGAACAGCAUGUCUUCCACAGGGUCGGAGAGUUCAGAGUGGAAGUGACAGUGUCUAACUUGGUCAGUUCUGCCUCUCUGAGCAGUCACAUCUUUGUGGUUGACCGUCCAUGUCAGCCACCACCAGUUAAAAACAUGGGGCCUCUCAAAAUACAGGCGAGGAGGUACGAGGUGAUCCGUCUGGGGGUGACAUAUGAGAGUGAAGUCGACUGUGACGUCUCAGAAGGGCUUCACUACACCUGGACCUUGUAUGACUCUGCAGGCCUGGCUUUCCCAUUGCCUCUCAUAGACUCACACAAACAGAGCAUCACACUGCCAAGCCAUUUCCUGCACUAUGACACCUACAGUGCCGUAGCCAGGGUUCAAAUCGUCGGCAGUGUGGUGUACAGUAACUACACCGUAAGAGUGGAGGUGGUUCCCAGCCCUCCUGUGGCCUUCAUCCAGGGCGGCACCAAUGUCUUCAUCAGCAACAGGAACACCACCAUGGUAACCCUUGACGGUCAGCGAUCUUAUGACCCUGAUUUCCCCAUGAGCCCAAUCAGCUACAGCUGGAGAUGUAAACCGGUCAGCUCCAUCAUCAGCUCCUGUUUCAGCCAGUACAGUCCCACUUCCUCCUCCGUGUUGAUGUUUCCUGCCAGCUUCCUGAAAAGCAACUUUGACCAGUUCCAGUUCACACUCACCGUCAGCAGCGGAGAGCGUUCAGCUUCAUCAGAGACCUUUCUGACAGUAAUGCCAAACCUGAUCAGAAAGGUGUCAGUUUAUUGUCUUCAGUGCCAGGGAGACCAGCUGAACUGGGAUCAGGCCUUCUCUGUCACUGCUGUAUGUGAGAGCUGCGAUGCUUCACCAGAGGACGUCCGAUACACCUGGAGCCUGUACCUGGUCAAUGCCUCCUCUAAGCCCGUCAUAGAAGUCCCAUUUUGUCACACAGUGCACCUCAGCGCUCCAUCCCCUGUCAUUGGGGGCCCUGCUGCUCCCAGCCAAACUCCCGGGACUUCCACCCGACAUCCAGCAGACAUAAGUGCAUCUUUCACCACUGUCACUGAUCAUUCAGUUCACACAUGGCCUUCACAACACACCCAUGCUCUCCAUCCCUCAACUCCACUUAAUGAAACUGCAGCCAUGGAGUUAAUGCAAAAUACAAAUCUGCCUGACCGCGGGACAUCAUCAGACACGAAUGAAAACACAUCAUCGAGCGUGGCCAGUGUGUCAUCAAAUGUAAUGAAUGAUGCUGAAAAGCAAACUGCAGCCCCAGAAUUUGGCAGCCUUGACACCAUGCCAGCCUUUGCCUCGUUCCCUCUUGUCUCUCAGCCUCCUCUAGAGGAGAGCCCAUUCCCAAGUGGUCGCCCUAGAAAAUUGACAUUAGUACAGAGGACCAAGGGCAUGACUUUGAGUGUUCAGAUGGGAAAUCUCACCCCUUCACCAAACCCGACAUCCCCCCUUUCCUCCUCACACAAUGCUGCUGUUUCGGUGGACCCUGAGCCCUCCAGCACAUUCAGCUCCUCUUCGGGCGACAGCAGGUUAAUAAAAGCCGUGUCAGGAGAGGAACCUUAUCGUGAUCCUUUGGAAGAAUUUGCCCCUCCUAAGCCACUGUACCCCUCCUCAGAUCCUGAGUACCCACCUGUUGUCCUUGACAACGGUAGUAUCCAAUAUUCUGCCCCCUUUGGUGACAGUGACGUCAUCAGCGACUUCCCCAUUGAUUCUGACUCUCCUGUUGACUCCGAUUACGCUUUCCCCAUCCUGGAGAGUGGUGACACGGGAGGUCGACCAGUCGGAGUUAGCAUGAAGCCCAUUGAUGCACCAGCAGGACUGUCUGAUAACGAGACAUCCAACUCUAACAUUUCUGAUUCAGAUUACGAUGCUCCCUUGCUGGACUUAGUGGAGGGAGACCCAGGCGUUUCAGCAGGCAGACCCACAGGUGUGGAUGGUGAAGGCUCCGGUCUGGGAGGUGACUCAGGGUUUGAUCCAGGUGAAGAUGAGGGGAGCAAUCUGGUGGAUUCCAGUAUCUCUCUGGUGUUUCAGGAGCCAACCUUGCUCGACCUGCCCCGACACCCUGUAGAGAGAAGCCUGUUUGAGUCCUACACUGACACAGGAAUCUCCUCCCCUCUCCUCAGCUUUAGGCACUUCAGUCUGAGGCCAGGGAGCAGAUACAUGUUGGAAGUCACUGCCAAAUCCCAUAAUACCUUUCUCGGCCGGUCUCAGCUCUUCCUGGCGAACAGUCCUGCUCCAAAAGGAAUUACCUGCCAGGUGCAACCUAACAGAGGAGUGGAGAUACACACACACUUCAGCAUCUUCUGCAGCUCGGGGAAGGAGGACCUAAUAUACGAAUACAGCUUCAGUAUAGGAAACAGCCCACCCAGGACUCUGUACCAGGGGAGAGACUUUCAGUACUACUUCAGCCUUCCUGCUGGUGACCCUGAUGACGAUUAUAAAGUCAUCAUUUACACAGCGAUCAGGAGUGGCAGGUUUGGAACGGCGACUAAACCCUGCCCUGUGACUGUUCAAGUCAAACUGAGCUUCCACAGAAACACCUCCUCCCACAGAGACCCUGAUAUGGAGCUUUCAGAGUCAGGUUUGAAGAACCUGUCGGCUCUGGUGAAGCUCGGGAACAGCGUGGAAAUUCGAAACUACAUCAGUCUACUCUCCAGAAUCCUAAACAGACUCAGCAUGGACGCCAGUGCAAACACACAAGCACAAACACACACACGCAGUGCGCUCAUUUGCUCAACGUGUGAGCUUGAAAUCAGUGACCAGGCGUCAAUGAUAGACAACAUCAUCACUCUCAAAAACCUGCUAGACGUCACCCAUCAGGUAACAUUAGAAGGAGCCAGGCAGGUGGCAGCUCACAUCCAGGCCAUCUCAGAGCAGUUUGCUGAGUCCAGCGUCCCCGUCCUGUACCACCUGGACCAGAAGACAGUCCACACACUGGUCACGCUGCUCUCAUACAGCUUGCAGGCCACCACCGCAACUAAUGACUUCACAUCAGAAAGGCCCAACAAUGAUGACAUCAUGCAGGCAGCAGCUGCAGCUAAUUAUCUCCUAUCCGGCUCUUCAAAUGGUAGAAACAUCACAGAGGGGUUAGCCGCCCCUGUUGGCCACGCACCACACUCACCCACAGGUGUUGACAUCAAACAGAGCAAGGUGACGCGGACUGUGACCAACAUCCUGCACACUGCCGCCGAUCUGCUGCUGAAGUACAUCCUAUUCAGCAACGCCCGAGAGCACAGCAUCAGCACCAGUCUCAUGGCUCUACACGUCGCAUACCGAAACCAAACCUCCACCAUCAUCAGCGGUGGGUUUGCCUCCAUCUACGUGCCUGACUCCCUGAGGCAGCUUCUGUUUGUUCCUAACGGUGGAGAGACUGAGAAAAGACCACGUCGACCAUGUGUGAUCAGCCUGCUGAGUGAGUUCAGCCACAGCCCGUUCUCCUGGGCCACAACUCCUGCACAGCUGAGUGGGCCGGUGGUUGAUCUCAGUCUGUACAAGUGCAGCACAAGGAGAAAGAUCUCAGUUCGCUCCCUUCUUCAACCAAUCAACAUUGAGCUCCAAAAAUCACCCAGAAAUAGGAACUCUGUGAGAGAGCACAUCCUCUUGCGCAGUCAGAUCAACUACCACAGCUUCAAUAUUACCCAGCAGCACUUGCAGCAGACCAUCCAGCUGAGUGUGGAGUUCACGCCUCCUCCUAACAAGACGUUUCCCAUCAUGCUGCUCUUCAGGAUGUUUGAGAGGCCCACCCCUGACCUGUACCAUCUGCACAGGGUUCACCGGUGGGAGGGCAACACCACACGCAUCACUCUGCCAACCUCCUUUCUCAACGCUGCAGGGGUUGGUUACCUGGCCCUGCUGAACGCUGACUUUGGGAAGCCCUCCAGGCACAAGCAGCAAAGCAGCUGGGUCGGCUACAGCUUCACACUGGAGAGCAGCCUGUGUCUGUCCUGGGACGGCCAGCAGGGGGCCUGGACACAGCACGGCUGCACGACACAGCAAGCAGAUACAACUGCUGCAGUCAACUGCAGUUGUAAUCAGUUGACACCGGUGACUGUGGUGCAGCAGCAGAUCCAGAGCUGCCAUGACACAGCCGAUCUGGACCAGCUCCUAAGUGUGGCCAGCGAUCUGACAGUGGCUGGUGUGUUGGUGUUGUUUUUGUGCCUGUACACUCUGGGGCUGGUGGUGUGUAAGAGAGCUGAUACAGUUUCUGAGAAGGGCCAAAUAGUCCACUACCUUCCUGACAACUCUCCAUCAGACCCACACCUCUACGCCGUUACGAUCCACACGGGUCUCUGCUCCGCAACCAACAUGAGUGCCAAGGUUUACAUCAAACUGCACGGGGAAAAUGGCUUCUCGCAAACUAAGGAACUACAAAUCCCAGAAGGCUUUCCAUUCAGGAGGAACUCUCAGGACACUUUCAUACUGAGUACCACAGAGAGUCUGGGGCGACUGCAGGGGGUGCACCUCUGGCAUGACAACACGGGACCCUGUCCAAGCUGGUACCUCAAACAAGUGGAGGUGUCAGAGUUUUUAUUCCAGGUGAAGGGACGCGCUUGGCUCUUCCUUGGUCAGUGCUGGCUUUCUGUCAGCGAGAGUGAUGGCCAGGUGGAGAGAAGGCUCACAGUUUGCACUCAGGGAAUAGGCUUUGCCAAGUUGCUGCAUCUGAAGCUUUCUGACUACUUGGCUGACUUCCAUCUCUGGAUGUCUUUGUACUGCCGCCCCUCCUUUAGCUCAUUCACACAUGCUCAGCGACUUAGUGUGUGUCUGCUGCUGCUUCUGGGAUAUGCAUGUGUCAACACACUGCUCAUAUCACAGAUGGAUGACCAAUUGACUAUCGAGUUGGGCCUUAUUGAUGUAUCAGCUGUUUCCGUGGUGACGGGUGUAUUUAGUAUGCUGGCAGUGUUGCCUGUGGCGACGCUGAUAUCCUUCCUGUUCCGUGUGCGAGAGGUCAGGGUGAUGGAGUCCAAAGUCAAACUGGAACUGGACUCUUUUGAAGAUGCCCUGUUGGUGAACAACAACGUAUCAGGGUCCCAUCUGUCCUGGAGUGGUCUUCAGCAGUGGGCUCAGAAAGCCUGGAGGACAAAAUACCAGGGCCAAAACGCUGUUUCAGUGUCUAAUGGCGAAUUGACAAGCAAGGACAAAGAUGAGGAACCUGUAAUCCUAAGCGAUCUAGUGACCAGGAAGGAGGAUGUUCUAGAGAUGCAGAGCAGCUGGGAAGUCGCCCUCCAGGAUCUGAUCACUGAGAGGAAUAAUGUAAACCAAACACCUCAGGGUAAAGAGAGAGAUCUUGAAAGCCAGAGCAGCAGGACUCAUGUGACCCAGACCAGUCAGAGGGAUGGGGAUCUACUAAUGAAGGCUAAUCAGAGGAAUCUAGUGACCACGGGCAGUAAGGAUCCAGAUCCUCUGAAAGAGCAUAAAAUUCAGUGGGAACCCAAUGGGAGCCAAAUAAUCCACUCCAGUCUGGAUGGAGAGAGGAAUGGGAACCUAGAGAGACAUGGGGAUCUGGUGAUCCAGAUGGAGAAGGAUCCAGUUUCCCAAAUAAAAGCCUCAUCCGACUCUGGCUCCAAGGACAGUGACCGUUUUCUCAGCACAAUGUCUGGCAGUUGUCGCCGUGCCGAGUGCUCCAACCACAGCAGUGGUUACCAUGCCAACAACAGCUCGGCAGUGUCAGGGGCGAGAGUCAGACCACGACCCCACUGGUGUCACCUCCUGGCCGGGGCGCUGUGCGUGCUGCUGUCCCUCUGCUGCCUGCUGCUGUCCACACUGCUGGGAAUAAGGUUCAGCAGCAGUAAGGUCCUGCUAUGGAUCCACUCCCUUUUCUUCUCCCUGCUCUCCUGCAUCUUCCUCAUCCAUCCAGCUAUGAUACUUGUGGUGGCAGUCACCGUCUCUUUCUGGUACAGGGACCGGACAGACUUUUCCAGUUUCUCUGAUAUCACUGGGUUUGAGAUGGAGGCUUUGAAACUGUGGGGCCACAAUGGCUGUAAUCAACCUGAAGGGCUCAGGCCAUUUGCCUUCCCUCAGGGAAAAUGCUCAUAUCUUGAAAAGCAGCUUGUAGCUCGUCGGCGAGCCCGGUACCUGCGUCUUGUGCGCCCACCGACUCCAGCAGAGCUGAAGAAAACUCGGGGGAAGAAAAGAAAAGAGACUCUCAUCAAUAAAACACUCAGGGAUUUGACCCUCUGUGUUCCUAUGCUGGUUUUGUUGUUGUGUGUAACCUAUGGUGGCUCCUUCAAGGACCAUUUCCGCCUCAACAACGCCGUCAGAAAACAGUUUACAAGGGACCAUCAAAACCCAUUUCCAGCCAUCCAAAACCAUGAUGACUGGUGGAGGUGGGCUCAGACCAGUCUGCUGGAUUCCCUUUACCAGAGACCGUCUGCCACAGCCAAGGUUAGUUUUAUCCAAGAAACACAAGUUUUGAUUGGAGAGCCUGUCCUGUGGAAGACCGAGAUGUCCAACUCACCUCAGUGCCAGGGAGUUGAGUUCAUUUCUGCUCAGGUCCCUCGUGGGACGGCUGGCCUCGUCCCAGAAUGUCUUCCCCUGCUCUGGUCCGGGAUCAGAGACUCCAGUUAUCCACACUCUGCUCUCAUGUUUCCCACGGCAGCAGCUCAGCAGAUGUGUGGCCAACUGGGUUGCUACACAGGACAGAGUGCUACAGUUGGCCUAGGCUACACGAGAUCUGCAGCUGUGUCCAAACUAAAUAUCCUGCACUCAGGUGGCUGGCUGAGCAGACGAACGGUGGCCCUGAAGGUCCACAUCACCCUGUACAGCCCUGCACCCAAUUUGUUCACCAGCGUGACCCUGCUCACCGAGCAGAGCCCCACCGGUGUCCUGCUGCCCUCUGUCAACGUCCAGUCAGUGAGGAUCUAUCACACUCCAUCUGUAUGGGACUAUGUCGUUAUGAUCUGCCAGCUCCUCUUCCUCCUCUUGUCUCUGCUGCAACUCUGUCGCCAAGUGUACUCUGCAGGGCAGCAAGGGCUGAUGGGAUACUGGAGAACACCUUGCAACUGGCUGGAGGUCAGUGUGCUAACAGUGAUCAUAGUCUACUAUAUUUAUUACAUCUGCCACUCUGCUAUGACCCUGGAGGCUAUGGACCUGCUGCACAGACCAGACUACAGAGGACAUGUUGAUGUCAGCCUUCUGGCCCUCUGGGAGCAACAUAUCCGUACCCUGCGCGGCGUGAUGCUCUUCCUCCUCUCUGUGAAGUGUGUGGCUGUGUUGGGGGUGAACAGGGCCGUGGCUGCAUCUGCUACAAUCCUCACACGGUCAAUCUCAAGCCUCAUCGGGCCAAUGAUUUCAGGAGUCAUCUUGCUGGUAGCGCUGUCCUGCACGGGGAACCUGCUGUUCAUACAAAGGUCCUGGGCAUUCAGCUCUCUUCCCUGCUCCCUUCAGACCCUGCUGGCCCACUGUCAGGGUCUCAGGACCGUCAGGGGCCUCCUUCUGUCAGGCAGCGAUGCUUCCAGCAGCUUGGCAGAUUUUGUUUACUGGGGAGUUGUCUGUCUCACCUCCACUGCCGUGCUGACAGCUGUGGUGAGAUGUGUGGUGUCCUCAUUGGUUAGAGCUGCCAAAGGAGCCCAUUGUAGGAGGGACAUCUGCACUCUAGUAGAGAUAGUGGCCUACAUCAGAUACCAUGUUUUUGUGCUCACUGGCCAGUACAGACAGAGCUGGACAGAUAACCACACUGAAGGAAAGAACUAUUACCUUGAGGAGUUUGAGAGCUUGGUGGACGAGCUCCUGUUCAGACUCAACGCUCUCUCCAACAGCUUGCAUGGCACUCUGCCACCCACUGGCCAGCGCUCCAGGGAGGAGACUCCUCCUGUCUCCCCCAUGCAGAAGCCCUGCAGUGUGGACACACAGUGUUUUGUAAGGACGCACAUGACACAAGAGACAAUAGUGAACGACCACACAGACAUCAGAGACCCCUGUCUGUCAAAAUGUGGGGAAGACUCACCUCCAUCUCACCUGCUCAGUUCUCAGCUUGAAUUGGAGAGACUGCUGUUCCUACAGCAGAGAGGCCAGAGCGAAGACAGUCUCUCCUCAGACAGAGUUGUGCUAUCUCAUCUUCCUCUGCAAGCUUCAACAAGAUCUGAAGGAGAUGCAUCAAAAUUCAAAGCUUCUCCAAAAGAUAGAGAGCCCCAGACUUCCUCAAGGAGACCAAACUGCCUCUUAGCCCAAGAGUCAGCAUCCCCCAAGGGGGCUUGGACAGCGGGACAGCUGCCCAGUGGAGGGUCAAUGGCCCAGUUGAUCCAGAGUGACGUUCUGGAGAAUCAAACCAACCAGUGGACUAAGACCAGUGACAGCUGUUGGUUCAGUAAAAGUGUCAACAGGAGUCUCAGUAAGAGUGGGACAGACUCUCACUUGGGCACCCACAGUGAGGUGGUGGUGGAGGUUCUGGUCCAUGAGACGCCUGGGAGCAGAGAGACGGGGAACCAACAGGAUCCCUGAGAUCAUUCGUAGCCAGAGCUGCUCUCAUGGUGCUGGCUGGGACAGUGAAAGUGAUUAAAAAUGGCCUAAAAGUGAGGGGGGUUGAAAAGUCUUGAAUUUGAGCUUUUGUAUUGUGUGCAGAAUGCUAUCCACCCAGAGACAGAUUUUGUCAGUGGGCCCGCCAUUUCUUGAGAAACAGCCACUUGGUCAAAUAAUUAUAUGUUGGGUGAAAUAACUGUUUGAAACAUGUUUGGCUAAAAUGUUCUGUUUCAUUGAUUUUCUCUUACACAUAAAAGCCAAAGAGAUUGUCUCUAAUUGCAAUCACAGGCCAUAAGACACUCUGGGUAGACUUGCCUUUCAGUUUCUCUGAAACCGAAAGGCGUUAUGUUAAAAUAGAUAUCGAUCUAGCUUUGCACCAUGAGCAUUUGUUAACCAUUAUCACAAUGUGAAACCUACUGGGGGGGCAUUUUUGUGUGUUGUAUCAAGUGAACAGCUGUGUGGACUUUCUUUUCAGCACUCAAGUCAUUUAACCUAUCCCCAGAUCAUAUCAUUGUAAUAACAACUUUUUUUAAAUAAAAUGUGCACUGAAUGUACACGGUUUACAUCAGAUAGUGCUGCAAUGUACAAAACAGAAAAUAAUGGAAGGGGAAAAGAGGAUGGCAACAGUUACAAUUUUCUAGAUUUUCUUCAUCUAAUGCAAUAAAGACAUGUUGCUUGAGUCAAGUGCCAGUUGUAGGGGU